AUGAAGAUGGCGAUGGCAAAGCGGCUACAGCUGCGAGCGGAGUCCAUGUCCGUUCUCGCGACGGGCGUGGCCGUGGCAUGUCUCGGCUCCUGCUUCAGGAACAUCAUCGGGGUGGAGCUGGAGAAUCCUUUUGGCGAGGACACGAACGAUCUACCUGCAGCAGAGACUCACGAGCAAUUCCGACGCCAUAUCCUGCUCCUCUCCGACCCCGGGGCAUGGCAGGUUCCCAGGACGAAGGAUACUAUGAGCUAUGGCUUCGAGGAAUUGCGGAACGCAUCCGGUCGGCGGGUGAGCUUGAAGCAGCACCUCCACAGCACUGGCAAUCUGGAUUCGCACGGGCACCACGGCCCGGACCUGGCGAAGGACAUGAAGGCCACGGACACUGCGGGCGCAGCGAACGGGCCAGGGCCGCAGAAUCCGCAAACAAGUCCAAAAAGCCACGGCCCCGGCCACGAGCCCGGCGUGCAGAGCCAUCACGGAGGUGAGCACUUUUUUGCGGACCCAAAGCAGGUCGAGAUUCUGGAGCGCUGGCUCAGCAGACAAUCUUCGAUGUUAGAAAGCUUCCUGACAAAGCAGCAGGCCCUCAUGGAACAGAUGCUCAGGUUCCGCAAUGUUGAGGCCAGAGCUUGGCAAACCACCAAUCAGAUCUGCUCCGAAGUCCUUUCCCCUGCAGGUGAAGGCUUCGAGCGGGCCCUCGGUCUUCACUCCCGAGGGCUGCUGCUCCAUCAGCGCGAUGCGACCGAGGCCAGGAAGUGGGGAAGAACUCUGAGGCCUUGCAAUGGCCUUGCCUCUGCCUCUGACGCUGAGGCCUUUGGUUUGAAACCCGGUGACCAUCCGGACGGGGCCUCGCAGGCUGCCGCUGCGCCCGAGGCCAGGUUUUCCUAG